AUGACUCUACUUCUACUAACAACACUGCUGGUCUCAGGUCUGGGCAGUCUGUCCUCCUCUGUGCCACGUCAGUUCCAUGUGGUGAAGGAGCAGAAGAGCUGGACAGAAGCUCAGCAGUACUGCAGAGAGGAGUUCACUGACCUCGCCACCAUAGACGACAUGACAGAGAAUAAGAAGGUGAAGAGCAUGAUGCAGGAAGCAGGUGCUGGAAAUGCCUGGAUUGGGCUGAAGAAGAGAAACAAUCCUGAGUGGCAGUGGUCUCUGGCUGACAGGGAUUUCUACGGAGAGAAUGAAGCCGAGUUCAGGAACUGGGGUUCACGCCAACCCAAUGGAGGGAGAGACUCCACACAUCCCUAUGUGCUGGUUACUGAGGGGAAGAACUGGGCAGAUGCUCAGAGAUACUGCAGAGAGAAACACACAGACCUGGCCAGUGUGAGGAAUCGGGCAGAGAACGACCAGAUAAAGGGAGUCAUACCAGACAGUACCAGCAGUGCUGUGUUUUACUGGAUCGGCCUGUUCAGAGGUGCCUGGGUGUGGUCAGAUGGCAGCAGUUCCUCAUUCUGCCACUGGAAGGCUAGAGAACCUAAUAAUCAGGGUGUGGCAUGCACUGAAAUUAUGCCCAGUGGUCAGUGGAAAGACGCAGGCUGUCAACAUCGUGGUGGUAGUCACUUCAUCUGCUAUGAAGACAAGCUGGUUCUGGUCCGUGAGAAUAAGCCCUGGAGAGAGGCGCUGCAGUACUGCCGAGAUCACCAUGUGGACCUGGUGUCUGUGACGUCUGAGCGGGUCCAGCGCUGGGUGAGCGAGCGGGCUAAAGGAGCCUCCACUCCUCAUGUGUGGGUGGGCCUGCUCCACUCCUACGGUGUGGGCUGGUACUGGGUCUGUGGACAGACCGUCUGCUACAGCAACUGGACCCAAGGGCACGAGCAGGUGGGGUCCUUCCAUCAAGGAGUCGGGGCAGUGGAGUCUGGAGGGGGGCAGUGGGUCAGCAACCUGACUAAGACUGACCAACUCAACUUCAUCUGCACCACUAAGGAUGGUUGUGACUGAAUCCUCCUCAGUCCAGAGCAGUGUUAGAGGAACUCCUCAGGGUCCUCCAGCUCCCAUUCAUGUUCACCACUCAUUUCAUCAUGAGCAGCUACACAGCUACUGUCAUAUACAC